UAUUAUUUUCAAUCGAUGUUAUAUUCUAGUGCCAGUUUUCUAAAUGAGCCACUUGUCUAUUUUUUUUCUCAGGCUUGUUGGAGUGGAUUGACUCGGCAGACCCUCCAGACUGCAGCCAGACGUCAUUAUGCGUCGGAGGCGAUCAGAGGCGCUGUCGUCGGCAUUGAUCUGGGAACCACCAACUCCUGCGUGGCUGUGAUGGAGGGGAAACAAGCAAAGGUGCUGGAGAACGCCGAGGGAGCGAGGACGACGCCGUCAGUGGUGGCCUUCACAGCUGAUGCAGAGAGGCUCGUGGGAAUGCCGGCCAAACGCCAGGCUGUCACCAACCCCAACAACACGCUCUAUGCUACUAAACGCCUGAUCGGACGCCGCUAUGAUGACGCUGAAGUUCAGAAAGAUUUGAAAAAUGUGCCCUAUAAGAUCGUGCGUGCGUCUAACGGAGACGCCUGGCUGGAAGCCCACGGUAAACUGUACUCUCCCAGUCAGGCUGGAGCUUUUAUCCUCAUGAAGAUGAAGGAGACCGCAGAGAACUACCUGGGUCAUGCGGUGAAGAACGCUGUUAUUACCGUACCUGCUUACUUCAACGACUCUCAGAGACAGGCAACCAAGGACGCCGGACAGAUUGCUGGUUUGAAUGUGCUUCGUGUUAUUAACGAGCCGACGGCUGCUGCUUUAGCCUACGGACUGGAAAAGACUCAGGACAAAAUAAUCGCUGUGUAUGAUCUCGGUGGUGGGACGUUCGAUAUCUCUGUCCUGGAGAUCCAGAAGGGAGUUUUCGAGGUGAAAUCCACCAAUGGAGACACGUUCUUGGGCGGAGAAGAUUUCGACCAGCAUCUCCUCAGACAUAUAGUGAAGGAGUUCAAGAGAGAGUCUGGAGUGGAUCUGACCAAAGACACCAUGGCUCUGCAGCGUGUGAGAGAGGCUGCUGAGAAGGCCAAGUGUGAGCUGUCUUCCUCUCUGCAGACGGACAUCAACCUGCCGUACCUGACGAUGGACGCCUCUGGCCCCAAACACCUGAACAUGAAGCUGACCCGCGCUCAGUUCGAGGGCAUCGUGGCGGAUCUGAUCCGCAGAACCGUGGAGCCCUGUCAGAAGGCCAUGCAGGACGCAGAGGUCUCCAAGAGUGACAUUGGAGAAGUGCUGCUGGUGGGAGGAAUGAGCCGCAUGCCGAAGGUCCAGCAGACGGUCCAGGAUCUGUUUGGUCGCGCUCCCAGUAAGUCUGUGAACCCAGAUGAAGCCGUUGCCAUCGGAGCGGCCAUCCAGGGAGGCGUUCUGGCCGGAGACGUGACCGACGUGCUGCUGCUGGACGUCACUCCUCUGUCUCUCGGCAUCGAGACUCUGGGAGGAGUCUUCACCAAACUCAUCAACAGAAACACAACCAUCCCCACCAAGAAGAGCCAGGUUUUCUCCACCGCUGCUGAUGGACAGACUCAAGUAGAGAUCAAGGUUUGUCAGGGAGAGCGAGAGAUGGCUGCAGACAACAAGACUCUGGGACAGUUCACCCUGGUCGGCGUCCCUCCGGCUCCUCGUGGUGUUCCUCAGAUUGAAGUCACCUUUGAUAUCGACGCUAACGGGAUCGUGCACGUCUCCGCUAAAGACAAGGGCACCGGCCGAGAACAGCAGAUUGUCAUCCAGUCAUCUGGUGGACUCGGCAAAGACGACAUUGAAAACAUGAUCAAGAACGCUGAGAAGUACGCAGAGGAGGACCGGAGACGGAAGGAUCGCGUGGAAGCGGUUAACAUGGCCGAGGGCAUCGUUCACGACACCGAGUCAAAGAUGGAGGAGUUUAAGGAUCAGCUGCCUGCCGAUGAGUGUAACAAACUGAAGGAGGAGAUGGCUAAAGUGCGAGAGCUGCUCUCACGGCAGGACGCCGAGACGGGAGAAAACAUCAAACAAGCGGCCACAAACCUGCAGCAGGCCUCGCUCAAACUCUUCGAGAUGGCAUACAAGAAGAUGGCAUCGGAGAGGGAAGGCAGCAGUGGCUCCGGCUCCGGAGGAGAAACGGGAGAGAAGAAGGAGGGCCAGCAGUAAAGCCUGAGAGUUUGAUAUGGACUGAAUGGUUUGGGAGCAUGAACGUGUUUCCCUGAGCGGCAUACACACAUUAUUUUCACACAUACUGUGUUUUACAAUAUCAUCACGGCUCCUCAUCCACCUCCCUUAAUGUCUAGGAGUUCAAAUUCAUUCAUUGUGUCUGCUGGAAAUAAUCUGCAUCGGUCUUGAAGCGAACUGUGCAAGCGUUUGAUCUGGGGUUUAAGGUGAGCGUGUGACUCGAGCCAUUCAGACAUGCAUUCCUGCCUGCGGGCACCGUGUGGUGUGACCUUCUCAAGGUGUCUUCGAUAAGUGUGGUUUUUUUGGGAAUGAAUGAGGCUGAAUGUGUGGCUGAACGGCUUCAGGAUGUCUAUAUCUGCAGCGAGUGUGUAUAAAAGCAGGGCUACUUUGUUUCAAGACACCAAUGUUUCAUAUUUAAAUGACAUCUGUUCUGUCCAUCUUGUAAGCUUGUGCACAUGUUUACGCUGAGAGGAUGAAACUAUGAAAGAUAAUCAACAAUAUGAUGUGGAAUUGAUUAUAAUUUGGCUGAUCGUACCAGCAUUGAGAAUCAAGCAGGGUUAUAUAGAGCGCACCUCUACAACAAUACGGCUCUGUGUCCUUCUUUAAAGUACACUGUAAAGGGCAGGUGAGGUGAAUUCAUCUGAUCUACCUUUACUAGUGAUUUCAGCUCGUUUUAUUUAAAUCAGUGAUGUUGUGUUAUGAUUGUGAAGGAUUACGUUCUGUUUGUCUCUUAACAAUCCCAAUCUCCUCUCUGCUUUUCUUUUUCUGCCUCUGUACAAAGGCUGAUGUCUGUUGAAGAUGUUAAAUGUUGGAAUCGAAUGAUUUAAUAGGCUUAAAGAGAGUAAUAUUCCAGUGCAGUCUUUUAUAAUAAAAUUGUGUUUGAACUC